UACUGAUGAUUUAUUGCACGGCCUCUUCCCAUCAGACUUUCCUCCUGCUGCUGGUGAGCGUUGCCGCCGCGCUGGCCCGCCCGCAGGCGCCGCCCUCCAUCAUCAGAAACAUUCGCUUCGAGCCCGACGACGACGGCCAUUACGAGUUCGAAAUCGAGACGAGCGACGGCCUCCGGCGCUCCGAAACCGGCAGCCAGACUGGCCCGGAGAGCCAGACCAUCAAAGGAGUUAUCUCCUUCACGCUUCCCGACGGAACUCCGUUCGAGAUGACGUUCGUGGCCGACGAGAACGGCUUCCGCCCACAGAGCAGCCUGCUACCUGUGGCGCCACCGAUGCCGGCGCACUCACUCCGUCAGCUGCGCCUCGCUGCCCUUGACUCCGACGAGGACAAGUGAUUGAGGCGACGACCCUGUGCCGGCCUUCCGUCUGCCUGACGCUUGCUCGACCUCUCUAUGCCAGUCUAUUUAUUGCCACGAAAGUCUUCCACUGAACAACGUUUAAUAUGUCUUUUUAACUGUGCUUGUUACUCUUUAGUGUAUGUCAGUUGUAAUGAGGUCCCCCUCGUCAGUCUAUUUAUUGUCAUUAAAGUGUACUCAUGAAU